AUGACAACUGCUCAUAGACCGACUUGGCACCAAGCUCUCGGAGGCGAACACCAGGGAGGCAAUCGCCUCGUCGCCACGCAGAAGGUGUCGGCAAAAGAUCAACCGGGGAACUUGACUCUGAAGACGAGGAAACCUGCCCAGGGCCCGCAAACUUCGGACCGCGGCGAGUUUCGCGCGCAGCUGGAAGCGAAGGAGAAGAAGGCGCUCGCCGACCGGAAGAAAGCAGAAGCGUCCCUGACUGCUCUACCAGCGGAUUACGACAAUCCAUUUCCUGAGGAUGCGGAUGACGUUGACGCCCCAGCCCCGCCGUCCGAGGCCUCGUCCGACGAAGAUGAGGAUAGCGACGAGGAAGAGGCGUUGCUGAGGGAACUGGAAAAAAUCAAAAAAGAGCGAAUGGAGGAAGAACAGGCCAAGCAAGCUGCCGAAGAGAAGAAGCGACAGGCGGAACAGCAAGAGCGCAUGCUGCGAGCGAAUCCUUUGCUGAUGGCGGAGCGAGGCGGCGCCGUUAAGCGGCGGUGGGACGACGAGGUCGUGUUCCGCAACCAGGCGAAAAACGAACCGAAGGCAAAACGCCAAUUCGUCAAUGACCCUGUCCGAAGCGAAUUCCACAAGAAGUUCUUGAGCAAAUACAUCUGGUAG